AUCGUUGUAUUAUAUAUCACUGGCAGCCAACAGUGUUAGUAGACAAACUAACUAGCUUAAAAAUACACGUAAUCUACUUUAUCCACUAAUGAUCCUCUCUCACAUAAGCCAGCGAAUGUACACGCUGAUAAAAAGAAAAUUACCUCUGAACAAAACUAUAUAAUUAUAUAAACUAUAGUCUGUCACAAUACCGACAUCCUGUUACCGUCCGCCCGAGCGACCCCGCGUAUCAAAACGUGCGCACCCGACCCUUCGGGCGGGACUUCCUGUCUGCUGCGGAUGCGAUUUCCGAUCGAGCAAAAGGGCUUGGUCGACGUAUCGUUGGUGGUGUGCCCUGUGCGGCACCGGGACACCGGAGAAACCGGGGCUGACGACGCUGCCCGAAGCCCCGCAGAUGAACCUCGACCCCGGCUAUGCUGCCCUGACAAAACCCGCCCCGCCAACAUGUCCGAAGUCAACAAAACCAUUCAGAGAUGGCACGCCAGUUUCAGGAAAGCCACAGACUUUGACUCGUGGGGACAAUUAGUGGAGGCUAUAGACGAGUACCAAAUUUUAGCCAGACAAUUGCAAAAAGAGGUGCAGUCAACAAAUGCGUCCGACUUCACAGAAGAGCAAAAGAAAACAUUAGGGAAGAUUGCAACUUGCCUGGAGAUGAGAAGUGCCAGUUUGCAGUGCACACAGUCAAAGGAGGACUUCAAGUUAGAAGAACUGAAGAAACUGGAAACCAUAAUUCAAACUAUUUUGACCUACAACAAAGUCUUUCCCUUCGACGUGCAGCCUGUGCCCUCAAGGAAAAUCCUCGCUCCAGGUGAAGAGGAGAACCUGGAGCUGGAGGAAGAGGAGGAGGACGGGGAGGAGGAGGAGGACGCUGCUGCAGCGGGAGCCGGUUCUACAGAAGCUUUCCCCCCGAGAGCCCCCGCGUCGCAAGGUACCUUGUUGCCGCGGUUACCCUCAGAGCCUGGCAUGACACUGCUUACACUAAAGAUAGAAAAGAUCGGGUUGAAGGAUGCCGGGCAGUGCAUCGAUCCGUACAUGACCAUCAGUGUCAAAGAUUUGAACGGCGUAGAUGUGAACCCUGUGCAGGACACACCUGUGGCCUGCAGGAAGGAAGACACCUACGUUCACUUUAGUGUGGACAUAGAGAUCCAGAGACACGUGGAGAAAUUACCAAAAGGAGCAGCCAUAUUCUUUGAAUUCAAGCACUACAAACCUAAAAAGCGCUUCACCAGCACCAAAUGUUUUGCCUUCAUGGAAAUGGAUGAGAUCAAACCCGGCCCCAUCGUCAUCGAGCUGUACAAGAAGCCCACGGACUUCAAGAGGAAGAAACUGCAGCUUCUCACGAAGAAACCGCUCUACCUCCAUCUUCACCAGACUCUACACAAGGACAGCUGAGUCCAGACUUUGACCCGCCCCUUUUCAAUCUCUCAGUCGGCGCUCCGCCUCAUCGACUCUGUGCCAAAACGAGGUGGCAGUCACGUUUUCUCUCUCGAGUAUAUGAAGAAAGUUAAAGGAGGUCAAAGGUCAGUGCGGACCUUUUUUGUAUCGCUUCUAUUGCACGAAAUCCUUCUCCAAAAGAACACGUCCGGUUUGACAGGUGAUGGAGAGCUUUUGACGAGACAGAGGGGUUAAACCACCUUAUCUUCAGUCUUCCUUGGCUCAGUGAUUUUGAUGGAAAACACUAGUUAUUACAGGCGCUCAAUUGAAGUUGCUCUACCUCCAUCUUCAGAAACUUUAAAAGAGCCACUCCAAUAAAUAAAUGCUUUUGAUGCCUGUUUAUGUUCAUUUCUUUUUUGUAUUAACCGUUCACAAGUCAUUGAUUAGUGCAGCUUUAAUUUAAGGAACCCUCUGGUCAGCUGUUAUGUGGGUCCAUCCAAAGUUUUACGUUUAGAGUGGCCGCUACAUUAACUUUCAUGAAAGAGUCUGUGUUCCAUCAGUGUUUAAUUCAGGACUGGCCUUUUAUAAAUCGUUUUAAAUGUACAGUAAUGCGGACGUUUUCAAAA